AUGGAGAAUAAUUACCUCUUUCCUCUGAAAAGUUUUAGUGCUACCUGGAUGAGCUCUAGCUCUACUUUCUGGGUAGUUGAAAUAGUCCUGGGCUUCCUGUGUGGAGUGGGACUCUUCUUCCUGUUAUUCCCCUACCUCCAGAGUAAUCCACCCUUACCACCUCCUAAGAAAAAUAUAAACAUCAAAAAGCCUCAAGUGGAGACGAGGAGGGUCAGGAAGAGAAACAAAAGUAAAGCUGUGAAAGCUUGUAGAAGUUGCCUGAAAGAAUUACAUGAAACUGGGAGCCUGAUUUCACAGCUGCAAAACUACCUGGGAGAGCUCCCUGACAAGGGCAGCUUUCAUCAGCCAUCAUGUCAAGAUGCCUCUGAUGGGGUGCAUAAAAGAGUGCCUGCUGAAGCCCAUCAGCCAUGUGCGGAGCCCUCAGAAGGCGUUGCUUCCUUGGUGUCUGUGAUUCCACAACUGCAAAAUUGCCUGGGAGAGCUCCCUGACAAGGGCAGCUUUCAUCAGCCAUCAUGUCAAGAUGCCUCUGAUGGGGUGCAUAAAAGAGUGCCUGCUGAAGCCCAUCAGCCAUGUGCGGAGCCCUCAGAAGGUGUUGCUUCCUUGGUGUCUGUGGUACCCCCUUCCUCUUCUGCAGUUCCUCUAACACAGCCUGCUCAACCUCUGCCCUCUGCCCUUUCACGGGCCCUGAUGAACCCCUCCAUUUCUGAUCUUUCACCCCCACCACUUGCUCUUCCCCCACCACACCUCCCUGGUUCAUUUGCCUGUCUUCAACCUCCAGUCCUCUCUACUUCACCACUUCCAGAUGCCACUUUGACCCUUUCUCAUCGUGAUUCAAUGGCUAUGAUGCACCCCUUGAGCCCUCUUGCAAAGAAGCCCUUUCCAGAUGACUGCUGGUUUGCUGGUACUACCUCAAUGAUCACAGGCCUUGACCCCUCAAGCUGUCCCAAUUCGACCCUCUCCUGGUGGCAGGUGGCUGCCAAAACCUUGGGCCUUUCCACCAUGAAAUAUUGUGAGUCCCAGCAAGAGCAUACUUCCUGCCAUGAACAAGAAGCUGCUUUCUGGGGAGGCCAUGCAGACAGGAACUUAGAGACUGUAAACCCCAUUUUCCCCAACCCAGAAGUCCAGAAACUCCUGGAAAUACAAGUCACAAAGAAAGUCAAGUUCAAGAUUUGGGAGGAAAAAGACCAAGAUGAGUCAUUUCCAAAUCAAAUGAGCUCAGGCUCUCACUUGAAUUCUUUGAGUACUAUAUUAAAAUCACUGGGCGAUGAGCAGGACACUACAGACUCCCAACCCACCUGGAGCACCAAAGGCAAACCACAGCAGCUGCUUUCAUAUCAAAAAACCUUACAGAACCACCUACAACAGAAAUGCAGCCAGCUCUUCUGGGGUCUCCCUUUCCUGCAUAGCGAGUCCUUGGUGGCUACUGUCAGGGUCUCCGGUUCCACACUGGAGCACCCCUCUAUUUUAUUCAAUGCAGUCCCUAAUACCUUACCAAUUCAAAUGCAGACUAAAGUAUCUCCUUGCAAGCCCCAGUCCUUGCCACACCCUGUGGCCCAAAUUCAACCUUUGAUUUUAACCGUAUCCCAAUGCCAGGCCCCACCUCUGGCUCAGGGUCAAAUCCAAGCUCAUCUCCCAUCCUCACUCCCAGGCCUACCUCCUUCUUUACCCCAGUUUAGGACCUGUGGAGUAUCUUGCCCUACAACCCAGAAUGAGGCACAAUCUCUCAUUUCUAGUGAAAUUCAAUGCCUGCAACAGCCCUUAUUGCAUAAACAAUUAGAAAGUGGGACGGCUUUAUCAUCUGUGGCCAAAAGAUCUCAGGAAACCUUUCAUCCUGUAAGUCCCAGCCUUCUCCAAGUUAGUUCGGCCUUCCAGGCCCACAAGUCAGACUCUAUCCUUCCUGGGGAUUGUAUCAGGCCUGAGCUCCGGAAGCAACUGGAGCAACACCUUCGGAAAAGGCUCAUGCAUCACAAAUGGGGUCUGCCCAUCAGUAUCCAGGGGUUUCUAGAACAGCCUCAAGUGAAAUUACCAAGGACACGCCAGGCAAAGGACCAGGAUGGACCUUCAUGGACCUCGGUACAUACAGGUGAAAGCAUCAAGGAUGUAGAGAAGAUGAGAUCCAUGCACCCGGGAAGAUCUAAACACUCAGGAAGUUUCCAUGUGCGUGGCCUGGCAAAUUUCCAGCGAGGUAGGGAUCUGGGGAAAGAUCUGGGGAAGGUCCCAAAAUAUGAUAUACCCCAGAGUUCAGAAAAUGCUCCAGAGAAGGUUCUGGAAGCAGACUGUAAAAAGGAAUCAAAAAAUGAUUUGCUAAAGUACGCAGAGAGUAACUCAGAAAAUUGUGCUUUAAUGGUGCCCCACAGGAAACAACUAGAAAACACCCUGAAAGUCCACUUGAGCAACAAGUUGGGGCAGAUUGUCAAGGAUUGCAUCCCUGUGAGUGUACAUCACUCUUGGCUUUCUGUCAACCAUACUUUGCCUAAGUCUGACACUUACACAAAAACUCAAAAUGUGGUGUCAUCAGAGAGUCAGGCAUACAGUGUAAACAGCAUCCAGGAAAUUUCCUUUUUCAGUCCAGACACUAGACAGGUUCUGGAAGCACAUAUUGUAAAGUAUCAAGUGAAGCACAGAUGGAGUCUACCACUCAAAGUCCUUAAGACUAUAAAUUUUUUUAAGGCAAGAAAGGACAAGUCAUUACUAUUGCUGCAGUCUACAUUUCAAUCUUCAGUCACCCAUGAAUCUUGGACUGACUCAAGAGCUGAAGCUGCCAAGUUCAAGGAAGAAAACCUUCAAGCAAGCUGUGAAGAGAGGAUGACAGCAAAAAAAUCAGUGCCCACCUCGGAGAGUCAUCUCCCUGCCUCCUUACCUGCAGAACCUACUGCAAGUCAGUCAAUGACCAGGAAGGACCCAAAGGAAGAAAUUUUGCGAUGUACCUCAGAAGGUUGUCGCCCUAGUGUAGCAAUGUUAAAGAAGGCCUUUGAAUCCCUAUCUUCAAGGGCUGAAGAAACCAGAGGCUCAUUAGUAGCUAAGAAGUCCUCUGUACUACAGGACAGAGACAUCUUGAGAACCAGUGUACUAGCAAAAUCUCAAAACAUAAAUGUGGAUCUGACGGGCUUAGGGGCUUCAAGGACCAGUAAAAGGCCCCUAGCUCCUAGAAUGUCUGUUCAAGGUCCAGGAGACGCUUGUUUGAAAUCACAGGCGGUUAGUGAAUUUGAGUUCAAAAUGGAGUCAAAGCCAGAGAACCAGUCUCAAUGCUGUCCCACAGAAAUGCCUCUGCAAGACUAUGCCAGUGAGGUUCUCCUCGCUGCAGAUAACUUGGUUUGUCAGAUCUCUCAAUCACGUCCCCAGAGUAUGUCCAGUGGGAACUUGCCAGUUUCCCAGGUACUGUAUGACAUCAAGGCAGACAAAAGGAUUGCCCUGAGGCAGGAGGAAGAGUCCAAGAUCCCAUGCCUUCAGGACUCCUGGAAGAGCCAGAGCAAGAUAUUUACCGGCAGUGACAACCAAAAAGAAUAUAGAAGGCCCAAACCAGGAGAAUGUAAAGAAAGGUUGGCAGGAUUGGAGGUCUCCCAAGUUAGUGGGAUAAGUCAGCUUUCCCAGGCCAAAGGAAAAGAAGACGACAUGGGAAUCAUGUCCUCUGAGCUCCCACCAGAGAAGGAACAGGCUCCUCCAGAAAACCAUUUCAGAAAAAGGAUGAAGGACUUUCUUCAGUGGAUUUUCCCUGACCAUAAAGAUAAAGGGCAGGAUGAUCUUCUACAAAAAGCAAAGUCUGUGCCAGCCUCUUCUCAGAGUCACGGGACAGUCAAAAGCAGAUUGAUCUUUACUGACAGGGGGACUACUGAGGCUCAGGAGCUCAUGACAACUGUUGGCCAAAUUCUAGAGGAGAAAAUGGCAUUUCAGGACAGACUUGAUGAGUCAAAAUUAAGUCAACAGGAAGAGGAAACCCAAGGAAGCCAGGCCUUGGUUGGUGGGUAUUCCUGUUGCCACAGGACUCCUUUCUACUCAGAGCACAGAAGAGUGAUAAAUGAUACAGCCUCUGAUCACCAAGCUACCCCUGAGAGCCAGAGUUGUUCUAUGAGGGAAAAGCAGAACAGAGACGGCCAUUCCUUGAAAAUGAGAUUAAGUAAUGAGAAGCAGCUUUGCUUGAGGCAUUCCAUGUUAUUUUCCACCAGGGAGUCCAUGUCCCCAGUCAGUUCUCAACAGCAUGAGCCAUGGAUGAGGGGUGCCUCAGGCUGCCCUCAUCACUGCCCACGGCACUGUCUUCGGGAAUGUGUCUUCUCAGGUCAACUAGAACCUGCAUCGGCAGCUGCCCUUAGUAUGAAAACUAACCAAGAAAAUACUCAGUCCAUGCCAGAUUAG